AUGGCCAACAACGUGGACGCCAUCGCCAGGGGAUGGGACCGCAUCGGGAUCAGAGCCACUGUGAGCCGGGGGCAGGCAGACUGUGCUGCAUAUAAAGCCGUCGGACACACGACCAGUGGAGUCUACACACUUGGCCCACCCCUAUCCGGGGUAACGGUCUACUGUGACAUGGAUACUGCAGGAGGAGGAUGGACUGUCAUCCAGCGAAGAAUGGACGGUUCUGUUAACUUCUACCGGUCCUGGGAGGAGUACAAGCACGGGUUUGGGAACAAGAACGGGGAAUACUGGCUUGGGAACGAGAACAUCCACCGCCUGACUGCUCAGAAGGACUAUACCCUGCGAAUCGACAUGAUGGACUGGGAUAGAAAUAAACGCUACGCGGCAUAUAACACAUUUAGGGUGGCCGGUGAGUCGGACCAGUACAGGCUGACCAUUUCCGGGUAUUCAGGCACAGCGGGAGACUCCAUGACUCACCACUAUUCCAACAACGGGAUGAAGUUCUCCACUGUGGACAGGGACAACGACAUUGACAGCAGCCGCAACUGCUCUUGGCUCAGAAAGGGCGGCUGGUGGUUUAGGUACUGCGGCUGGUCCAACCUCAACGGCCGCUACAUGCAGAACUGUAUGUGGGGCUGUCCAUACUGGGAAGGUGUGGUGUGGCACACCUUUAAAGGCGAUCAUUACUCCCUUAAGUCUGUGUCCAUGAAAAUCAGGCCACGAUAA